AUCUGAACUGGACAUGAGACCGUGGGAAACUUAUGACCACUGCCUGUAUCUGAGGCAUCUUGUGUGGUUUCGCCUGACUCACACAUACAUUAGUUUCUAUGAGGUUAUAGCCCUGAUAAGAGUCUUAGGUCUAUUUUUGUUUGUGUACAAUAUCUAUUUAUUCCCACUACAAAUAUUGAACUUUUUUCACUUGAGCAGUAAAGAGCAAAAGGUAGAUUGUCGGUGGCUACCCAACCAUAUUUAUAUGAAUAGAAUUUGUUUUUCCUCUGAAACAAAGUCAGGGUGGAGGUAAUACCAAAAAACCUUAAGCCAAACUGUCACUAUCUGGACAUAUAGGUUUUAUGAUGUGAUUUCUCUCUUCAAAUGCCUUUUUAUAUAAGCAGUCAUUUAACUCCACCUUUGAUGAACAGAUAUGUUAUUUACAGCAUUAUUCCUUUUAAAAAUUCCUCUGGUUGUCUAGAACCUUAGUUUCCAUAUACCUGUGUCUCCUUUACUGCAUACUCAGUUCUCAUAAAAAUUUUCACUCUAGACUACUCAAUUAUAUUAUUUAUGACAGUGGCUUUUCCUAAUUUAUUUCUGGAGUGAUGGACUAUUACCUGUACAAACCAGAUGGUAUUUAAAGGCUUGUUGUACAUAGUUUAGUUAAGUAGACGUGAUUUUAUUUUUGUAUACCUAUUAGAAAAUAUCCAGUUAGAGAUUCAUAUUUCCUCUGUGGUUUUUACCAAAUUGAGUUAGUUUCAUACAACUGUAAGUAGCUGUACCACCUGAGAGGUCUGGACUUGUCAUCAACUGUAGGAGGAUAGUGGAAGAAAUAUCUCUUCAUUCAUCCGCCAACAACUUUGUAAGCUCUCCUUCACCUUUGGGAUAAAGAAAUCAUCCAAAAGUCUCCACAAUGUCAACUGCUUCAGACUGUGAUCAACCUCCAGAAAACACAGAGCAGACAGAGACAAUCCCUAUUGUGGAUGUGGAAGAGCCUCUUGCCCUUCCUCCUCCUCCACCUGAGGAUGAAUGGCGCCCGAUUCCUGAGCACACCAAUGUGGAUGCCUCUCGUUUUUCCUUCUCUCUAUGUGGAAUAACCCCUGUGAUCCUGGGAGUGUUCAGCCUGCUGCUCUUGAUGUUGUGUGGAUUCUUUGGUUAUCACUACUUUCAAAGUGUUCGGGAAUCAGAGAGCAAGAUGAAGAGCCUUAUCCAACAGACUGAGUCUUUGCAAAACAAAGAGGAAAACUUUCUUCAGGUCCUAAAAGCUCUUGAGCAAAAUAAAGAAAUCUUACAGCAGCUCCAAAAACAGAAUGAGUAUAUCACUGAGGCUCUACAAGAACUAAAUGUGGAACAAGGAGACAGGUGUGGACCUUCUCUGAGUCACUGGGUACAAUACAGAGACCACUGCUACCACCAAACUGUGCAAAUUGUUUCUUGGUUAGAGUGUUCGGAUCUUUGCAUCUCUUUGAAUGCUACAUUUUUAAAGACAGAAAGGAGUAGAUUGAUGUACAUCAUGAAGUUACUUGCAGCAAAUCACACUUGGCUUGGCCUGUCUUAUAAUGAAGAGGACAAUCAAUGGAAGUGGGAGGAUGGCUCCCUUCCUUCUCCUGGCCUGAGUCUACCAAAGCCAAGUACGGAUUUCCAGGGGAAUUGUGUGUAUGCAAAUGUGAACACUGUUGGCAUGGAUACCUGCACUAUGUCCUCUUCAUGUGUGUGUGAGAAGCCUGUCUGUGCUAAACACUCAGAAGAAAGUUAAAAAAAAACUGAUGAGGUUUGCACAUCUCAAUAACAUUCCAUAUUCAAGACCUGCCUGCCUUUCUUCUAUUGGCGCUUCAUGUUAUUCAUAACUCUUUUUUUUUGUGACAGAAACUGAUAAAUGACUUCAUGAUAGAAGCCAGAGUCUAGAGUUA